AUGUAUGCUGCAGAGUUCACCACAAAUGCUGACCAGCACUAUUGUGAGUAUGCCAACUGUUUUAGCGGUCAUCCUGGCACUGUACCUGCUAUCACCUAUAUUGAGCACAAAGAUCCAAGCAAGCCCGGUAAAUGGCUUUGUGAAAAAUGCAGCCGAUACCAGCGCUCCAAGUUCACUACCAAGAAAAUAAGUGAUGCAGUAAUUCCAAAUACCUCGAAGCAUGGUUUCGGCCAGUCUGAAUAUGAUGGUGCUGCAGUUCACAAGCAGACUGCAGAGGCGCAGCGUGGAAAAUCCCAACUUCCUGUUUGUGCAGUGGGGCUUAGUGUAUCAUGUGGGAUGCCUCCACCUGCAUUCAUCCCAGGUCCUGUUCACCCGAGGCGCGCCUCAGCAAAUCAUCAAUUUGUUCCUUUACCCAACUGGCCUGCAGCUCCUGGCCCCUCAGACAUCCGCCGUGCAAAUCCAUUAGGGCCCAACAUAUCUAUUUAUGGUCGGGACCCUCAGUUUAUUGUGUACUCAGACCUUCUUCGAACUCUGCCACUCAAGCCUGGUUAUCAAGAUGCGCAUAAAAUUUAUGAAGAGAUGCGAGACCGGCUUGCUCGACAGGCCUAUGCUUCGAGUGUUCCCGAAGUGGUAUGCGUCAAGGCAUACCUUGCAGUGAUGAUUCCACGGGCUAAAAAACCAACUCUAAUAUCUGAUAUAGUCGAGUCGAUCAGCAACAUCCCUUACCAUAUUGGUGCCAAUGACCUUAAAAUUUCGGUGUACCUCACCCUACUUCCCAUGUUCAUCAAGUGGUCCAUGGGUCUUACUUUUACAUUUGAAGAGGCACGUUUGCGUCUUGUUAGUAGUUUCGAGGAGAUUCUUCCCCGUCCAUCUGGAGAAGACAUCAAUGCCAUAGCAUCCCACUUCCUCAAGACCAGGAACACGAAGCAGCAGUUCAACGCUGGCAAGGGGAUCGAACUUCACCUCAUUAUUCCACAUACAAAGUUCCUUGCCGCUGAGCAAAGGCGAAAUGGUGAGGAAGUAGCUGAGUCCAAGUCUCGCGAUGUUCGUUUUCGACAUGGACUAUUGGUACCUUACAUGACUGACAGCAUACAUCAACCAGGAUACACCUCAUGCAACAGCGGCAAGUUCAUCUGA